CACUGUUAGAGUCGUAUAAGCUUUUUUUCCUCUUCCUCAUUCAAAAUCUUUCAUGUUAUAAAACCGAACUAGAACAGAAUCAAGAUCACUCAAUCUGUUUAUAUCAGUUAAAGACAAACUUCAAAACUCGAUAAACCCGAAAAUACUGCUACAAGCCAGAUCAGGGUAAAACUGCAUCACUUCAUAACCACAUAAAAAGUCUCGGGCGAAAUGAAACUAUGAUGGAUGGAACAUCUCUGGCAAGUCUUCCAGAUGAUAUUGUUCUCGAUAUUGUCGAGCAUCUCGACACAGCUCGUGACGUAGCUCACGUUUCCGCCUUGACGAAGCAUCUCCAGAGUCUCAUACGCCAAGAUGGCUGGCGUACCUUCGUCAAGACCCGGUUCCCCUCCCUGCAUAUAGCUACAGACUCAGGGACUCGCUGGAGUUCUAUUGCAGAUCGUGCAACGUACCUGGAUCGCUGCUGGGAGAAGCGCGGUUUCUGGGUCAAUGUGUUGCAUGAAAAGAAGAAUCAGCCAGAGAGAUUCCAGCGUCGAGUUGCUGGAAGCCAGUCAGUGCUGUUCCAUUCUGUUCUCGAUGCGCGGCUUAUGUCGUCGCUGAAGAAUGAGGUUAUUGCUGCCGGCGUGGGCGAGAAUCUCAUGGUUCGCAUAAAACCUGUUGAUGGACAGCAAGAUACCUGGCAUCAGAUCGGGGGCCAUGAUCAUGGAUAUCGGGCUGGGACUGGAGAUGUCACAGCAACGUCUGUCACAGAGAAUGACGGUAUACCCAAUGUUAUUGUCGGGAGGGCCAAUGGAGACAUCAGCAUACACUGUGGCAAGGACGAGUUUGCAACAGUCGCAAGACACUUGAGCCCAGCGGGCGAGGCACUUCUAAACCACGCUUCCGAUCCUAUGAGGAAAUCCCCAGGUCAAGUGGCAGUCUCAUCUCUACAGUGGCAUCCCGAGACGAAUCUCCUGGCAAGCGGGAAAGGCUCGGUUCUGACUCUGUACAAUCUCAGUGUGUCAGAUGACCAAGUACUGAGCCCUUUGGAUUACCAUGAAUUCUCCAAAGCCAGUCCCGCAGAUGAAGCGUCACUCCUGCGCAGCACCAAGUUCAUGAGCAAAGAUAUCAUGGCUUGCGCUCUAGGCGGAACUCGAAAUCCUCUACGUUGGGGGCAGCUCACACCGGCCGGCUUACAAUUCUUCAACGCUCAUAGUAACUCUAUGUACGUAGACGAUGCUUCGAGGUUGGUAAGUGGGGGAGUCAGUGAGAAGACCACAGUUCGAGCAAUCGAGCCUGUUAGAGGGGGAAGUGAAGAUCUCCUUUUGAGUGCAUGGGACGAUGGCACAUAUAGACUUCUAGAUAUCCGAACACCCUCACCACAAGACGCAGUAUACCGUGAUCGCUUUCAACCCUACCAAGCAGGUAGUUCUCUCCUUGUGUAUGGUACAGAGCGUUUCGUAUCCGGCAGUAACACAGCACCGGAUGUCCGUCUAUUUGACUUCAGGUACCCAAAGCCAUAUCAUCACACAACUGCUCUUCCAUGCUCGCCACAAUGGCCCUUUCCCAGCCAGAAGGAUGAUCACAUUAUGAAGCAAGGAUGGGCGCCAGAGCAUCAACCGCAGAAAUGCGAUUCUCAAAACGGGGUGUUGUGUUACUGGCAUGGAGCUUCAAGACGAAACUACUGGCGUCCCGACGCUACCAUUCAUAUUGGCAGUUCCACAUAUGACAGGAUCUAUUGUCUGGCCAAGUCGUCCGAUCUUUCAGAUACCAUAUACUGUGGCGUUCGCGGUGCCAUUCUCGAGAUGAAUCUCCAUCUCACAGAGGACACGGUGCAUAACCAUAGCCAACGAACUACUCCAACAGAUUGGAGCAUGGGAAGACCCGGGGGCAAAAUCUCGCUGAUUGAGACGGGCGUGAGCCUCACCCAGACGAAGGAAUGGUCCCUCGAUAAUCGCGGUGUUCCAGAGCUCGUCGUUCAGCAGCCUCGACCUCGAAAACGAAUAGAAUUAUCAGAUGAGGAAAAGAGACACCGUUUGGACUAUGCGUUUCAUAGACCAUAGGAUUUCGAAGACAUGGGUGUAUAGAAUUAGACAGAGCAUACUCAUUCAUAGACAGGGCACGGUUUUUAAAAUCGCUUGCAAUUCUUUCUUCAAUAAACAUAAACAGCAUAUCUUUAUACAAGUUCUAAACAAA